CCUUUCCUCUCCUUCUCCGGAAGCGGAAGUCGGCUGGUGACAGGGGGAUGCGGAAGUGCCGGCGACGGCGGGGCAGCUCGGUUGCCCAGCAGUUGCCACCAUGGCAGCGGCUGAGGGCCCGGGGAAAGGCAAUGGCGGCGUCGGGAGCGGGAGCCCGGCGGCCUCAGGAGGUAACCGACAGCUGAAGUACAUCAGCUUAGCUGUCUUGGUGGUGCAAAAUGCCUCUCUCAUCCUCAGCAUCCGCUAUGUUCGCACACUGCCUGGGGACCGCUUCUUUGCCACAUCAGCAGUGGUUAUGGCUGAAGUCCUUAAGGGAGUCACCUGCCUGCUCCUUAUCUUCAUUCAGAAGAAAGGUAACGUGAAACAGUUUGCUAGCUCCUUGUAUGACUCCAUCGUGGUGCAGUACAUGGACACACUCAAACUAGCAGUGCCUUCUCUCAUUUACACUCUCCAGAACAACCUCCAGUACGUGGCUAUUUCCAACCUGCCUGCAGCCACCUUCCAGGUCACCUACCAACUGAAGAUCCUCACCACAGCUGUCUUCUCAGUGCUAAUGCUCCGCAAGAGCCUGUCCCGUCUCCAGUGGCUCUCCCUCAUGCUCCUUUUUGCUGGCGUGGCUAUUGUCCAGGUGGAGCAACAGCAGGCAGGGGGCAAAGGAACCCCCGGGGGCCAAGGGACACAUCAGCAGCAGAGCUACAUUGUGGGGCUGGUGGCUGUGGUGGUGUCAUGCCUCUCGUCCGGCUUUGCCGGAGUCUAUUUUGAAAAGAUCCUCAAAGGCAGCGCAGGCUCGGUCUGGCUCCGUAACGUCCAACUGGGCAUCUUCGGAACCUUGCUGGGGCUGUUGGGCAUGUGGUCCACAGAUGGGGCAGCCGUAGCUGAGCGUGGAUUCUUCUUUGGCUACACCCCACUGGUGUGGGGCGUGAUUCUGAACCAGGCCUUCGGGGGCCUUCUGGUGGCAGUAGUGGUGAAAUAUGCGGACAACAUCCUCAAGGGCUUUGCCACCUCCUUCUCCAUCGUGGUGUCCACCGUGGCUUCCAUCUACCUCUUUGACUUCCACCUCAACUUGCCCUUUGCUCUAGGAGCAGGGCUGGUCAUAGGGGCCGUCUAUCUAUACAGCUUGCCCAAGGGACCUUUGACCAGCCGGUCCUUAAUGGGGACUGCUGUGCAGCAGCAGGGCCACCCAGCACAGAGCAAAGAACUUCCUUCCGUGACGACAGAUGGCUUCCUGACCAAGAUUUCAUCUAAAGAAAAAGGAUCAUAAAGUAUUGACAGAGACAACCGGCAAGACUUCAGUAGGGUUUCAUCUCCGGCACUUUGAUGGGCUGAAGAAUUCUAAGUUAAAGAUUUGGCUUUGACACUUUGUAGGAGUCUCAUUUUAUUUACAUCAGUGCAGAAACCACCCUAGUGAUGGCAGCUUUUUGGCUUUGCCUGUUAUAUAGAAGACAAAUCCAUGUGCUUUCAGUUCAAACUGGCUGUCCUUUAAGGCCUGGUUCACACCAGCACAAUUCAUGCCAAAAAGCAAGUGAGAUCGAACAAUGGUUUUCCAUUUGUGAUUUUAGACCAUCACAGAAGAGCUACCCAACUUAUUAUUUUUUAAAUGGUGGGGCAGCCAUGAUUGCUUCUCAGUCACCAAGACUUGUUCCGAACUCCAACUUGCAGCUUCCGAGGGUCUGAUUUAGUUUACAUUUCAAGAACUUCUCCUGCACUCCAUCUUAAAACAUUGUCAUAGGCUGCAGCAUUUGAGACAAUGCCAUCCGUCCUUUUCUCUCCAUGCUCAUGCCUCUUCUCCCAUGGUGAAGAGACUCAUAGUGCUCAAAUUCUUUGUGAAAUUUUGAGCAGUCCUGAUAAUGUGUUUUCUUACCUAGUUUGUGGUUAAAGUUUUUAUUUUGGUUUUUUGGACCAAUUUGGGGAGGGGAGCAUCACAGCUCUGUUGCAUUUUCAAAUAGUCUCAGACAAAUGCUUUUCAGUGGAGUCCAUUACCUCCAAGAUGUUGCUAGAUUGCAGCUCUUUCAUUUUCUUACCAUUAGUUAUGGCCAAUGGAAACUGUAGCCUUGAGAGUUGGGCAUUUGCUCACCCAUGCUUUAAUGGCACUGUUCGGGUUUUGACAGAUUCGUCAUGUAAAAGAAUGGGACCAAUGCAUUGUUUGGAAUAGGCAUUUCAGAUUUUGUGGCCCACAGAGAUGAAAGGGGAACAUGGACUUUUGACCAGCUAUUUGUGACUCCAGGAUACCAAAAACCUUGAUUUUCUUAAUUUGCCAUCCCUGGCUCAUUGCAUGGGCCUAUUUGCUUCUUACCUCACAUUAAGAGGAGGAAUUAUAGUAUGCAGUAAGUAGGAUUUGCAGUCCUAGCUUGUCACCUUCCUCUUUCAUUGUUGUGGGACUAAAGCAUUGCACUCCGUAUUAAUUUUCUUAUGAAGAAACUGCUUAAUGAAUUCCAUGCUUGGAGUUCUAUUUUUGGUGCUCAUGAUACUGCUUGUUUCACUGGUGUUUUUUUUUAUUUUUUAUGUAGACAUUAAUACAGCUUUGUUAGCAAACA